UUUAUUUCUUCUCUCGAGGCCUUUUUCCCUCGUACUCGUAGUCGUACCUCAAAAUUUAGUCGUGCUCCCAAACAAAGCUUAUAACCUCUCAACAGGAUUAGCUCUCUUCAGCUUUCAUCUUUCUUUUUUAUUUUCUUCCUUUUCAAAGCCACCGCAUUCCGCUUUUAACCAUCCCUUAAAACCUAUUAACAAUAUCAUUCUCAAAAAAUUUUUAAAGCAUUCAAAUGCUUCGCGUCAUUUGGCUAGUUGGUCUCAAUUUUAAAGAGGAUUCAUGUUCUUCAAAUCCCAAUUAUAUUAAUGAAUUUAUUUCUACUCUCAACUUUCAUAUGGGAAAAAUAAGUAAUAAAAAUGGAUUUACUAAUCAGUUACUUUAUGGAAUUUAUUCGAACCAUUUUGAAUUAGAAAAUAUGUAUGUAAAUCAAAUUUGA